AAUGUAAUGUAUCAAUUUCAAAACUAUUUUCCGUUGAACGGUUAAUAAGAGCUGAGCAUCUUAAUUUGACAUUAAUAUUUAUUAAUAUCAUUUGCAAUGACCACUUUUCGAGACCAGUAUAAAGAAAAAACAUUCGGUUUCGGGGACACUAACAGAGGUCGAAUUAUUCGCGCCGAAAAACAUGAAAAGUUGCGCAAAAAUCAAAGAGUCAAAACUUUUAAUGAAAAUAGAAAUAUAUUGAAUCCAUCGGCUCACACAACAUUAAAUGAAGAACCAGAGGUACCUCAUAAGGCAGACCGUAUGACAAGACUACUAAAAUGGAAAGCAGAACGCGAUAGACGUAAGAGAAUGGAAAGUUUUAAAAAGAAACCUGCUUUUGUGGUUGGUAUAGUUCACCACAAAAUAUAUUCUCCUAUUACACAAGACGUACCUGUUGCAUCAGUUGGGUCACGUAAAAAUGUAUGUGACUCAAAGGUAGAAAAGGCAUCUUCUAUCACAAAAAGAAUUACUAGGGCUACAGAAAAAAGAUUAAGGUAUAAAACUCAUUUGAAGGAAGUAACAGCACUUUCCAUAAAAGAUUCACAACCUGAUCAAAAUGCUGUUCCUGAAAGUCAUACAUUUAAGUCACCAGAGGGGUUACCUCAUAUGCAAUUGUUUGGGCACGCAGCAUGUAGUAUAACCUUUAAUGAUACUCCCGAAAAAGAUAUUAUUAGUAGCAAUGUAGAAGUUAGUGAAGCAUUAAAUAAUAGCACUAAAAACACUCCUGAAAUACUUGAUAACAGUGCUAAAGAAACACAGUCUUCUUCCAAUAAUAAUACAACACCUAAAUCAGUAAAUCCCAAUUUAUCCAGUGAACCAGUUUUCUACUCACCAUAUGUAGUUUCAAGUCGUGGAAAAAGCAAUGCUAGAAAGGAGCAACAGAUAAAGCGUGGUUUCAGUCUUAGCCUUUCAACAAGUGAUGAGAUUCCAACAAAGGAUACUGUCAUGAAAGGUCUGAACAUUUCAAUUGAAGCAGAAGAACGUACUGCGCAAUAUUUUAAGUUUCUUUUAAACAGAGAAAUAGAUAGACUGAAUGAAUUGUGUGAUAAAUGGAGACAGGUAAAAGAAGAACUGGGGAUCACAGAAGAUGGUCAGUAUCUAAUUAAUCAGGCUAUUGGACAAACUAAUUUGCUAAUAAGUAAAAAGUUUGAAAGAUUUCGUAGUUUAGUUUCCAAUUGUGAGACAGGAAAAGGAGAAAGGUUAGUUACAUGUAAUGACUUGCAAGGAUUCUGGGACAUAGUGCAUAUGGAGAUAGAAAAUUGUGAUUUACGAUUUGAAAAGUUGGAACAACUUCGUUCAAAAGGAUGGGAAGAAGAGCAAUUGCCUGUUGCUAGCAAGCCUGUUGUAAAAAAGAAAACUGUUACAAAGAAGAAAACAGUGUCUACAAAACCUAGUUCAAUUAGGGCAUUCUUAACAAAAAGGAAAGAGAAAAUGACUAAGAAAACACAAAAUGAUAAUUCAAUGGAAGAACCUGAAAUUUUACAGAACAAAAUUUCAAGUAAUAAAGACGAAAAAAAUGAAGACCAUUCCAAUGUAAAAUAUAAAACCAGAAGAUCAAUUGGUUCCAGUGAUAACAAAUUUUCAUCUAUCAAGCAUGAUAAAACAAGAUUAAGUUUGCUGCAAAAAGUGCAAUUGUCAGAAACAAAGAAACAUAAAAGUCCCUUAAUUGUAAUGAAAAUAAGUCAGAUGUGUAAAACACCAGAAAUUCAACUAGACGAAACAAUAUCUUAUGUUAACUCUGAUCAAACUCCAGGAAAAAGUAUAUUGAAACCAUCAAAGAACACGAGUGAGGUCGAAUAUCGUGCAAAGUCAACACAUAAAGUUAAUUUCAAUGAUAUUGUAGUUCUAAAUGAAGUACCAAUUGAUGAAGAAACACAAAUGAAAAUGGAUUUGGCUGCAGCAUUGGCUAGAAUAGAUAGUGUUGACUUUGAUAGUCCAACUGAGGAUGUACCAAUACAUGCAGAAAGAAAGCUAACUUUUGAUGAUGAUAGCUUCGAAGACUCGGUAAAUAUAUUUGAUAUGAACAAACAUUGUGAAGUUAAGAAGUCUACAAAAGAUAGUGUAAAGAAACAACCAUCUAUAAAGGUAACAACUGCAACACCACUGCAAGAACAUAGUAGUCCAAGUAAUUCAUCGCGAAGAAGAACUUUGAGAAGACAAAACGCUAUAGAUGAAAGUGUUGGAAGUCAUAAAUCGAUAGUUGCUUCUACACCAUUCAAAGAAAAUGCAGACAAUGCAGAUCAAAGUAUUAGAAUCCUAAGGAAUAGAGCCAUUACCCCUACAAACACAUCCAAACAGAAGAGUAGAUUUUCUAGGAAACUAUCUAUAAGUGUACCAGAAUCAGACCAUAAAGAAAAUAUUAAUUCUGAGAUUAACAUAUGUGAUGCUAUUGGCAAUGUGAGUUUACAUGAGAAAAGUGAGAAGAGGAAAUCCAGGAGAAGUGUUAAAUUCUCUGGUGAAAAGUGCAGUAUUUGCAUAGAAAAAGUUGUAUUUCCUAUGACUCCUCAUACUAAACGUAAUAAGACACAGCUUAGUGAAGAGGAAAAAAAUAUAGCCACUCAAGAUUCUACAUCACAUGAAACUUCUGAAACACCUCCUGAACGAAUCAGACGAUUGCGGAACAGAAAAACAAUCACCAUGGUGUAAUGGAAUAUUUUUUAAUUAUAGGACAUGUAUAUACGUAGUACAAAAGUUUUAAUCUCAACAUACAUUUUUAUACAUUAACAAUUAACAUUAUUCACAUGUUAUAGUGCCUUUUACACACUAUCACGUUAUUCUAAAUUUAAGAGUUAUUUGAAAUUGUGAAUUCAGAUAAUCUAUUUUUCAUAAUUGUUGGACACGCAUGAAUAGUUUGUGUCGGAACAAGCGUUUGUUCCUGGUAACAUACUUUUAUUUAUUGUAAAAUGUUCUGGUACGUGUAUUCUAAUAAUAAAAAAAAUUCUAUG